GAGGCGGGCGCCGUGUCGCACGCAGCUCCAGGCGGGGCAGCCCCGGUGCCGGAGGGACGCAGCCAGACCUUGGCGGGACGGGGUUUUCACCGCGGCCCGGGGCCAGCGACCAGGCCGAGACGUCGCGGGAGCUUUUCGGGUAUUUAGAAAUGCGGGUUUUCCUGCAAUGAGAUUUCAUUUUCUACAUUUCAAGGACAUCCUUUCUGAGCUGCUGUGAAUAAAUUUGGAAUGCUCCUGUGUAUUUUCAACUAAUGGAGAAUUAGCUGUAUCUUGGACAAGGAUUGCUGCGCUGGACGACCUCGGAAUACUGCUCACCAUGUCCUCCAACAGGAGUCAGAAUCCCCAUGGACUGAAGCAGAUCGGCCUCGAUCAGAUCUGGGACGACCUCAGAGCUGGGAUCCAGCAGGUGUAUACCAGACAAAGUAUGGCUAAAUCCAGAUACAUGGAACUCUAUACUCAUGUUUAUAACUACUGCACUAGCGUACACCAGUCCAACCAAGCCCGGGGGGCUGGGGUCCCACCUUCCAAGUCCAAAAAGGGGCAGACGCCUGGUGGAGCUCAGUUUGUUGGCUUGGAAUUAUACAAACGACUUAAGGAAUUUUUGAAGAAUUACUUGACAAAUCUUCUUAAGGAUGGAGAAGAUUUGAUGGAUGAGAGUGUCCUGAAAUUCUACACUCAACAAUGGGAAGAUUAUCGAUUUUCAAGCAAAGUGUUGAAUGGAAUUUGUGCCUACCUCAACAGACAUUGGGUUCGCCGCGAAUGUGAUGAAGGACGAAAAGGAAUAUAUGAAAUCUAUUCACUUGCAUUGGUGACUUGGAGAGACUGUCUUUUCAGGCCAUUGAAUAAACAGGUAACAAAUGCUGUCUUAAAGUUAAUUGAAAAGGAAAGAAAUGGUGAAACCAUCAAUACCAGACUGAUCAGUGGAGUUGUGCAGUCUUACGUGGAAUUGGGGCUAAAUGAAGAUGACGCAUUUGCCAAGGGCCCUACGUUAACGGUGUAUAAAGAAUCGUUUGAAUCUCAAUUUUUGGCUGACACAGAGAGAUUUUAUACCAGAGAGAGUACAGAAUUCUUGCAACAGAACCCAGUUACUGAGUAUAUGAAAAAGGCGGAGGCGCGUCUGCUGGAGGAGCAGCGCAGGGUGCAGGUCUACCUGCAUGAGAGCACGCAGGAUGAGUUAGCCCGGAAGUGUGAACAGGUCCUCAUCGAGAAACACCUGGAAAUCUUCCACACAGAAUUUCAGAAUUUACUGGAUGCCGACAAAAACGAAGAUCUGGGGCGCAUGUACAACCUUGUCUCGAGAAUCCAGGAUGGCCUAGGAGAACUGAAAAAGCUGUUGGAGACACACAUUCAUAAUCAGGGCCUUGCAGCAAUUGAAAAGUGUGGAGAAGCAGCUCUGAAUGACCCCAAAAUGUACGUGCAGACCGUGCUGGAUGUCCACAGGAAGUACAACGCCCUGGUCAUGUCGGCGUUCAACAACGACGCCGGCUUCGUGGCUGCACUUGAUAAGGCCUGUGGUCGCUUCAUCAACAACAAUGCAGUAACCAAAAUGGCUCAGUCGUCCAGUAAGUCCCCUGAGCUGCUGGCUCGAUACUGUGACUCCUUGUUGAAGAAAAGUUCCAAGAACCCAGAGGAGGCUGAGCUUGAAGACACACUCAAUCAAGUGAUGGUUGUCUUCAAGUACAUAGAGGACAAGGACGUGUUUCAGAAGUUCUACGCAAAGAUGCUGGCCAAGCGACUGGUGCAUCAGAACAGCGCGAGCGACGACGCUGAAGCAAGCAUGAUCUCCAAGUUAAAGCAAGCCUGUGGUUUUGAGUAUACAUCUAAGCUUCAGCGAAUGUUUCAAGAUAUCGGUGUAAGCAAAGACUUGAACGAGCAGUUCAAAAAGCACCUGACGAAUUCGGAACCCCUGGACUUGGACUUCAGCAUUCAGGUGCUGAGCUCCGGAUCCUGGCCCUUCCAGCAGUCCUGCACGUUCGCCUUGCCGUCCGAGCUGGAGCGAAGCUAUCAGCGCUUCACGGCCUUCUACGCCAGCCGGCACAGCGGGAGGAAGCUGACGUGGCUCUACCAGCUGUCCAAAGGAGAGCUGGUGACCAACUGCUUCAAAAACAGAUACACUUUGCAGGCCUCUACGUUCCAGAUGGCAAUCCUGCUGCAGUACAACACGGAGGACGCGUACACCGUGCAGCAGCUGACCGACAGCACGCAGAUCAAAAUGGACAUUUUGGCCCAGGUCCUACAGAUUUUGCUGAAGUCGAAGUUGCUGGUCUUGGAAGAUGAAAAUGCGAAUGUUGAUGAGGUGGAACUGAAGCCAGAUACUUUAAUAAAAUUAUAUCUUGGUUAUAAAAAUAAGAAGCUAAGGGUUAACAUCAAUGUGCCAAUGAAGACUGAGCAGAAGCAGGAGCAAGAAACCACACACAAGAACAUAGAGGAAGACCGCAAACUGCUGAUUCAGGCGGCCAUUGUGAGGAUCAUGAAGAUGAGGAAGGUUCUGAAACACCAGCAGUUACUCGGCGAGGUUCUCACGCAGCUCUCCUCCAGGUUCAAGCCUCGGGUCCCCGUCAUCAAGAAAUGCAUCGACAUUUUGAUUGAGAAGGAGUAUCUGGAGCGGGUGGAUGGUGAAAAGGACACCUACAGCUACUUGGCUUAGCCCUUCUAGAAGGGUCUGACUGCGUGACCCGCGGCAAACAGCUCAUGUUGGAAAGAAUGAAAACACCUCGAGUUCGUAGCAGCCAGCCUGCCACCAUGGACCUCCCUUUUUACAGCUGAGACUGGACUCCCACCAGCCGGUCUCGGCCCACACCAGAACUGCUCAGGAUUGUCACAUUUCAAGUCUGUAAAUAUGGACACCGAUGCCAUUUAACCUAAUUUAAGAACAGAGGGGAAUUGAACCUUUCAUGCUGAGGGCUGCAUGCGACUGCAUUUAAAUCAAUACAUUGGCUGCCUGAGGGCCAGCUGCCGGCUGGGCCAGCACUUGGAGAGCGAGUCUGAACGGGCCCACGUGUACUCUGCUAUGAAGAACCAUUUGUAUAGUGUGUUUCAUUUUCUAAUGUGUGAAAUAAAGAAAAUUAAAGGA